GGUGCUGCAGGUCACUCCCUCCGCACUGUCAGCAGCUCUCUGCGCGCUUCAAACUUGAAGCACAACUAUCUGGUCCUUUCCUUCCGCCUUUUCAAGGUUUUUGAGUUUUUAAGUAAUAAAGUGUUUUUAGUAAUGUGUUGAAGUCUGUGUUGCGGCGGAUCUUCACCGGGAGGAAAUAUCGCUUCGUCUUCUUUAGUUGAGAAGCAGCGGGGGGAAAUGUCCAGCUGAGGAUUUGAAAUCCUGAAAACCGCAGGGCCUGUUUUGUAAUGAUUGAUCAAUGCUUCGACAAUGGCGAAUAAGGUACAAGUUUUAUAUGACUUCACUGCUGAGGUCGGAAACAACGAGUUGACGGUGAAAGAAGGCGAGACACUUACUAUCACUAAUCAGAGUAUUGGAGGCGGCUGGAUUGAAGCACAGAACUCCAGAGGGGAGGUUGGACUGGUGCCUGAAGACUACAUCGAGUUUGGUAAGGCAGCACCAUCAUUCCAAGCAGCAGGACAUCCAGCACCCACUCCAAAUGUUGGGGUCGUAAAUCAAGACCUGUCCAUCUUUGAUUCCUAUGCUCCCGCAGCAGCACCUGCACAUAACCAGGUGGAUGCUGGGGGCUUAGGUCCCCAGCCGGACACCCCCGACACCCCAGUUUCCCCCUACCUUUCGUCCCCUGAUGAGGCAAGUAACGGUAAUGAUCCCUGGUCGGUGUUUAACGCGGACCCCUCGGGGGGCUCCAACAAUAACUGGGCAGCCAAUCCAGAGGGCACCCAGACUGGGAAGAGUCCUGCAGACCCUUGGGGCUCCAUAUCGCAGGGCCACCCUCAGGCGUACCAGGGCCCAGGAGCGGAGUUUGAUGAGUGGGAUGAUGAGUGGGAUGACAAGUCCACCACAGGAUACGCCGAGUCAGAAUCUGGAGACGGCGCAGCAAUGCAGAGAGGAGGAGCGCAUGCAUCUUCGAUGAAAAUCUCCCUCAACAACAGGUUUCCUGGCUUCUCCAAGAAUGGUCCAGAGCUGUACCUCCUAUGCAAGCAGCUGGCCAAGAGCAAAGAGAGGCUGCCAAUCUAUGUUGGUGAAGUUGGUCCGGUGUGGUCUUACCCAGAAACUCAGUUUGACUGUGUGGUGGCUGAUCCUAAGAAAGGUUCAAAAUUGUACGGCCUUAAGAGCUACAUCGAGUACCAAAUAACACCCAAUACCACAAACCGACCUGUCAAUCACAGAUACAAGCACUUUGAUUGGCUGUAUGAGAGGCUGCUAGACAAAUUUGGGUCAGCUAUCCCCAUCCCGUCUUUACCAGACAAGCAGGUGACAGGGCGGUUCGAGGAAGAGUUCAUUAAGAUGCGUAUGGAGCGGUUGCAGGGCUGGAUGACCAGGAUGUGCAGGCACCCAGUCGUUUCCUGCAGUGAUGUGUUCCAGAUUUUCCUCACCUACAAGGAUGAGAAGGACUGGAAGAUGGGAAAGAGAAAAGCAGAGAAGGACGAGACAGUGGGAGUGAUGAUCUUCUCCACGAUAGAGCCGGAAGCUGCGGACCUCGAUCCUAGUGAAGUGGAGCAGAAAUGUGAGCAGUUCAGCAGGUUCACUAAAGCGAUGGAUGAUGGCGUAAAGGAAAUCCUGACAGUGGGCAACGAGCACUGGAAGAGAUGUACAGGCCCUUUGCCCAAAGAGUACCAGAGAAUCGGCAAAGCCUUCCAAAACCUCUCCUCCGUUUUCACCAGCAGCGGAUACCAAGGCGAGUCAACCCUGACUGACGCCAUGACGGCAGCGGGCAAGACAUAUGAAGAGAUAGCUCAGAUGGUAGCAGAGCAGCCCAAGAAAGACCUCCACUUUGUCAUGGAGACCAACAAUGAAUAUAAAGGUCUUCUCGGAUGCUUCCCGGACACAAUCGGAGUCCAUAAGGCAGCCAUAGAAAAAGUGAAGGAGGCCGACAAGCUGGUGGCCACCAGUAAAAUCACCCCUCAGGACAAAGUCACCAUGGCUAAACGUGUCAGCACCAUGUCGUACGCAUUACAAGCUGAAAUGAACCACUUCCAUAGCAACCGUAUCUAUGACUACAACAGGGUCAUGCAGUUGUACUUGGAAGAGCAAGUCAAGUUUUACGAGACGAUUGCUGCAAAGCUGAGACAAGCACACGGUCAGUUCACUACGAUGUGAAAGCCUUCAGUCUGGCACUACAAAGAAAGAAAAGUUAAAGCAGCUCAACAUCCAAAAUAUUCUUGCUAACACUGCAUACUUUCCCUACCUUUAAUUUAAAUUUAACUUCUAUCUUUUCACUCACUCUUUCCUCAUCUCUUGCUUUACUGCUCUUACCAAACAACCCUGCUCAUGGUGUUAAAUUUGUCGGAGCCCUUAGAUGUUAAUGGCCGUUGAUGAGCAUGUGCAGCAGCUGACACUUAUUUUAGGGCCUGCAUUGAUAGCAGAAUAACACACUUGUUACACACACACACACUGUCCUUUGUCCAGGCCUGCCGCUUGUAAUACAGGGAAGUCAAAGUACUACAUUGAUUUGAGUUUCUCUAAUGUGGUUUUUGUACAGCUGUAGGUUCCAACAUGCCUGUGCUCAAAAUAUAACUACUGAUUUUAUAUCAAUACGCAAUUCUCCAUGAUAAUAACGGUAAAGGAACAAUUUCCACUUCUUGUCUAUCCAGAAAAAACAAAGCCAUCCUUUCUGAAAGCCGCAUAGCCGAUGAAUCAGAGAUUUACUGUCUUUUUUUUGCCGCUAAUAUUUUUAUAUUUUUUGCCUCUAAAUAGUACCGUUAAAAUUUGAAAAAGUCAGUACAUCUUUGGUAAAAGGAGUGGAGCUUUUUUAUGAAUCCUAGUCUUGUAAGAGUUGUCAAAGCCCAGAGUGUGUGUCCUCUGUAUGUCCACUGCUGGCACUCCCUAGCCCCCUUUCAUCCUGCACUUCCUCAAAAGCUAACAGGAAGCUCCACCCCCUUCCUUUCUUGACCACGUGCCUUGCCCCUUUCAGGGAAAUAGAAAUGGUUGACUUAGUUGCCCCCCCAGCCUGUGUACCAUGACACUGCAGUUUACAUUUCAGGAGAGACGACAAAAUGUUGGAUGUUGAUACAUAAGUUGGGGUUCAUAAUUGAUAGCAUUUAAAGGACAUUAACCUCCCUCUUCCUCGCUCCCUGUACUUCUGAAGAAUAUUUGUCCUUGACCAUAUUAUGGUGUUUUAUAUGAAGGUGUAGCAGCAAUGUUAGCUGUAAGAAUCUGUACUAUAAGUAGAGUUUGGGGCGAAGCCAUAGAUUGUCAUGUAUGCAGUUUUGCUUUUGUUUUCACCACCCAGUUUGCAAUCAGUCUCUAAUCAUUUUCACGCUUUUUUUCUUAUCACUUGAUACCUGAAAAAUAUACAUAUAUAUAUAAAUAUAUUCUAUCUGACCUAUCAGGUGCUUCUUGUCAUUGAGAUACUAUUUUAUGUAUAGGAGUAUUUGCAAUACUGUGUAACUCAAAGAGGAGCAAAAAUUCUGUUUGAUUUAUUAAACAAUGAUUUGUACUCA